UUAUUUCUAUUUCAGCAUUACGUCUCCCUCACUCUUCAUAAAAUAUAACAUUUCUUAAUCUCCACCAAUGAACGUAUAUGUAUCUCACAUCACAACCCAUAAGAAACGCAAUUAGAAACAAAGCCGUGUGAUCGUUGGAAGAAAUGGCCAUUGCAACAGCCAGCUUGAUGAGAUUAGAUACACCAAUUUCCGACAGUUUAAACACUGCGUUGAGGAAAUCCCAUAACCCAAUGAAGAAAUGCUUCGCCAGGUUUGUUGAGAAUGGGAAGAGGCUGAUGAAAUCCCAAGAUUUGAUGAAGGAUUUGGAGAUUACAAUUGAAGACAAGCGUGAGAGGAGCCAAGUUUUGGAAGGCUUUCUUGGCUACAUUCUAAGCAACACUCAGGAGGCUGCUGUUGUCCCUCCGAACGUCGCGCUAGCCGUGAGGCCGAGCCCCGGUUUCUGGGAGUUUGUAAAGGUGAAUGCUACAAGUUUGAGAGUAGGAGACCUUACAGCUUCUGAGUACUUGAAAUUCAAGGAAGCUAUCUUUGAUGAGAGCUGGGCAAAUGAUGAACAUGCUGUAGAGAUAGAUUUUGGAGCCAUUGAAUUCAGCGCCCCUCGCUUGAGCCUUCCCUCGUCAAUUGGAAACGGAGUCAAUUUCAUCUCAAAGUUCAUCAGUUCAAGGUUUAGUGAGGAUAAACAGAAUGUUAGGGCACUUGUUGAUUAUCUUCUGGCCCUUCACCAUCGCGGACAGAGUCUUAUGAUCAAUAAGAAACUUAAUACGGCUUCCAAGCUUCAAUCUGCAUUGUUUGCAGCUCAAGUAUAUCUAUCUUCACUGCCAAAAGACACCCCAUAUGAAGAAUUUAAGCACAAGAUGAAGGGGUGGGGAUUUGAGAAGGGAUGGGGAAGUACUUCAGAGAGAGUCAGUGAAACAAUGUUAAUCCUUUCUGAGAUCCUCCAAGCACCAGAUCCACUAAAAUUGGAGUUACUGUUUAGCAAGCUUCCAACCACAUUGAAUGUCGUAGUAUUUUCGCCACACGGCUAUUUCGGCCAGGAAGGCGUCCUCGGCAUGCCUGACACCGGCGGUCAGAUUGUGUACAUUCUUGAUCAAGUGAGAGCUUUGGAAGAAGAGCUGCUGUACAGAAUUGAGCAGCAAGGCCUGCAAGCAAAGCCUCAGAUUCUUGUGGUGACAAGAUUGAUACCUGAUGCUCGAGGAACCAAGUGCAAUGUGGAGUUAGAGCCUAUUGAAAACACAAAGCAUUCUAACAUUCUCAGGGUCCCAUUCUACACUCAAAAUGGAGUCCUUCGCCAAUGGGUUUCACGUUUUGACGUCUAUCCAUACUUGGAGAGAUUUGUGAAGGAUGCCACUGGUAAGAUCCUUGAAGUCAUGGGCUGCAAACCUGACCUCAUCAUUGGCAACUACACUGAUGGAAACCUGGUUGCUGCUUUGAUGGCUAAGAAACUUGGAAUUACACAGGGAGCUAUAGCACACGCUUUAGAGAAAUCAAAAUACGAGGAUUCUGAUGCUAAAUGGAAGGAGCUUGAUCCCAAGUAUCAUUUCUCGUGUCAAUUCACAGCUGAUAUGAUCUCAAUGAAUGCAGCUGAUUUCAUUAUAACAAGUACAUAUCAAGAAAUUUCAGGAAGCGAAAGCAGGCCAGGACAAUAUGAAAGCCAUGAGGCCUUUACUAUGCCUGGACUUUAUAGGGUUGUCUCAGGUAUUAGUGUGUUUGACCCCAAAUUCAACAUUGCUGCUCCUGGGGCUGAUCAAUCUGUCUACUUUCCUUUCACUGACAAAUCAAAACGGCUGACAAAUUUUCAUCCCGAAAUCGAGGAACUACUUUAUAGCAGAGAGAACAAUGAUGAACACAUUGGUUACCUUGCUGAUAAGAAGAAGCCAAUAAUCUUCUCAAUGGCAAGGCUUGAUACGGUGAAAAACAUUACUGGUUUAACUGAAUGGUUUGGCAAAAACAGGAGGCUGAGAAGUUUAGUAAACCUUGUGGUGGUAGCAGGAUUCUUUGAUCCAUCAAAAUCAAAGGACAGGGAAGAAAUUGCUGAGAUAAAAAAGAUGCAUUCCCUGAUAGAGAAAUACAAACUCAGGGGGCAAAUCAGAUGGAUAGCAGCUCAAACCGAUCGGUGUCGCAACGGAGAGCUAUACCGGUGCAUUGCUGAUACUAAAGGAGCUUUUGUGCAGCCUGCACUUUAUGAAGGUUUUGGCCUAACAGUCAUUGAGGCAAUGAACUGUGGAUUGCCUACUUUUGCAACAAAUCAGGGAGGCCCAGCAGAGAUUAUUGCCGACGGGGUCUCGGGAUUUCACAUCGAUCCGAACAAUGGAGGCGAAUCAAGUAAAAAGAUCGUUGCUUUCUUUGAGAAAUGCAAGUCAGAUGGUGGAUAUUGGAACAGGAUUUCAGAAGCUGGUCUUCAGCGAAUAUAUGAAAGCUACACUUGGAACAUAUAUGCAAAGAAGGCUCUGAACAUGGGAUCAGUUUAUGGAUUUUGGAGGCAGAUAAACAAAGACCAAAAACAAGCCAAGAUGAGAUACAUUGAAUUGCUUUACUCUCUCUUGUUUAGGAAACUGGUGAAGAACAUUCCAAUCCCUACUGAAGAACCCUUGCCAGCUCCAGCCGCCACGCCCACGUUGCAGCAGCCGACACCGGAGCUCCGAUCUCGUAGACCGGCUGCCACUCAACCUGAGCCAGGACCAAGGAGUGAAGAUAGGGGCUCAGUGCAGCAGGGGCAGAGUGGCUAUGGGCUAUCAAACACCUUAAAUAAGAUGUGCUUUUUGGCCGCCUCUCUCUUGGUUGCUUACUUUGUGCUAAAGAGGAUUUCUGGAGUAGAUCAAGCAUCAUAUGAUGAUUUACCAUUUUAGCCUUUUGAUAUUUGAACUUUAUUUAUGUAAAUUUAUUGUAAUAAUUAAACCAACAAUCUGUGAUUCUCUUACUAAAUUAUUUAUGUAUUUGUUUGAAUAUCAUAUUCAAAUAAAGGAAUGUGUGAAAAAAAUGGGUUUUAGUUGAA